AUGGUGCAGGAAGAAGAACAAGGAGGGUACCAGUUAGCGUCAGAUGGAAUUAAGCAUACAGAAUCAGCUACUGCUGUAAACGCAAUUACUCCACCGGCAGCUUUGAGGGCCCCAGGGGUUGAUGAACAGACCAUAUUUGAGGCAUCAAGGAUGACAGUAACUGAAGGAGGGCAGCACCUUAAUACUAUGCGUACUAUUGGUGAUCAUGAACAGGACACACCAGUGAUUCUGCAGAGACAUGAUACCGAAAAGAAUCAAUUACAAUGCAACAAGACGCAUGAUCCUGAAUACAUGGAGUUCAUAAGUUCAAUGCAAGAGAGUCGAAUCCCGCAACAUUGUAUUAUGGAUUAUGUAUCAGAAAUGCACGGUGGCCCUGAGAGUGUGCCUGUAACAGCACAGGACAUGUAUAACCUGAAAAAGGCAAAGCAACGAGAAAGAAAUGCAAAUGAUGUGGCAAAGCUACUAUCCUUUUUUGCAUCCUGCAAAAAGGAUAAUCCACAAUUUUUCUCUGACUUCCAAUUGGAUAAAGAAGGCAAGAUUUUAAGCAUAUUUUGGUCACAUGCAAGCCAGCAAGGGGAUUACAUUGAUUUUGGUGAUGCGGUUACAUUUGACACAACACAUAAGACUAAUCUGUAUGAAAAACCACUAGAUCAAGAUCCUGCAAUGCCAGUAGCCCUCGAGAGGGGUCAAAAGGAAACGAACACGCUAUACAUGUUUGAGAUAAGGGUUGCAAGAGCAUACACAAGGGCUGUGAUGUGUAGAUUCCAGGAAUCUUUGAAAUAUGCAACCGCAUUCAAGAUAAUGCAUGACGAAGAAGGGGGUGCAAAUGAUUGGGUAGUGCAACAUACAACUAGAUCGAAUAAAAUUGUUUGGGGACAGCACCAAUUCAAAGUCACAGCUGAUGAAGAUGCAGGAAAGUAUACUUGUGAAUGCAAACAUUGGGAACAUACAGGGCUAUUCUGUGUACAUGUACUACGCGCGUUUAUGCAUCUUCAGAUUGACCGGAUACCGAAAGAAUAUAUUUUACAAAGAUACACCACCUCUGCAAGGCAAGAUGUUCCGUUUUCAAGAGAUGAUAGGAAUUUGAAGGGGAAGGAUGGAGAAACUAAGUCAUAUAGACAGAAGAUGUUGCUUAAAAAGGCAAUGAAAGUAGUGCAUCAUGCUAGUUUAUCCAAAGCAGGAAAUGAUAGAGCCCUAACAGUAAUGGAUGAGCUUCUCGAAGUACUUUCGCGUUUGGAAACAGAUAUAGACGUUGAGGAAACUUGUGGAACUAGUGGAGGAGAUGGUAUACAGGACGAUGAUGAAGCCAAUAGAGACAACGAAAAGGAUGAUGAAUUUGACGAAAGGAAUAAUAAGGUUUGA